GUGUUGAACCGGUGAAAGGUGACGUAAAAGCGCACGGGGUGGGGCGCGGGGCUCGGGACGUCAAAGCCCUGCGUCCUUCGGCCCCCGGAGCGGAGAAGCACGCACGGCAGCAGUGACAGCGGCCACUGCAGCGGCGACAGCAACCCCUGCUGGGCCGAAACUGGGCAGAGCGGAGCAGACGUCUGAAGCAGCGCUAGUGAGGCGCGAGGGUGGCGCCCGCGCCCGGGAAGACCCCCUCGGCGCGAACCGGCGGCCCAGCCCCGGGUCCGGGUUCCCGAGGCCCCGCCUCUAGGGCCUGGGGACUAAUCGGAUUGAAAGCGCGCCGGCCCGGGCCGCGAACUCGCCAAUUGCGGAGGGCGGUGGCCACCGCCCAAUCCGGAGCAGACAGGUGCGAGGUCCGGAAGGCGGAGGCCAAUCGGCGGCGGUUGCGACCUGCUGGGGCAGGUCUCGGCCAAUAAGGAGGCUCGAGUGACAUCUUCGCCCACCAAUCGGGAGUGAGGGAGCAUUCGUGCCCGCUCGCCCUUCCGGCCAGACCUCUAUUUACCAGGGGCGUGCAGCCCGCUUGCCAAUCAGAGCGCGGCUGAGCGGCCCGGCAGCCAACCCCCGAGGAGCGGCCGGCUGGCGUCCGCCGCGCCCAGGAGUUGGGGAUGUCCUACAAACCCAUCGCCCCUGCCCCCAGCAGCACCCCUGGCUCCAGCACCCCUGGGCCGGGCACCCCGGUCCCUACAGGAAGCGUCCCGUCGCCGUCGGGCUCAGUGCCAGGAGCCGCCGCUCCUUUUAGACCGCUGUUUAACGACUUUGGACCGCCUUCCAUGGGCUACGUGCAGGCUACAUAGGCGAUGAAGCCACCCGGCGCCCAGGGCUCCCAGAGCACCUACACGGACCUGCUGUCAGUCAUAGAGGAGAUGGGCAAAGAGAUCCGGCCCACCUAUGCUGGCAGCAAGAGCGCCAUGGAGCGCCUGAAGAGAGGUAUCAUCCAUGCUCGGGCCCUAGUCAGAGAGUGCCUGGCAGAGACAGAGCGGAACGCCCGCACGUAACAGGAAGUGCCCCGGCCUCAGCGUCUGGACCUUUCCCGGCCACUGCAGAGCACCCGCUUCUCCCUGGCCUUCAUCCCGAGUUGCACUAACCAUCCUGGGCUUCCUGUCCUGUGUCCCUUGGUGGGUCCCCUCCAGGAACCAAGGAGCGGCUCUCACUCCAGGUGGCAGCACUAAGGACAUCCCCCCACAACAAGAGUUAGCAGCGAGGUCCCCAUGAGUCCCACCCAUGACCUGCCAACAGUGUUGCCCACCGGAACUUUCUGUGGUCCCCACCGCUCAGCCCUUCCCAGCCCUUCUCCCACUUUGUCCCGAGCCUCCUUCUCCCCCAGCAGGGGCUCAGGCCUGGCACCUCACUGCCUUGUGUCCUGAGCCAUAGUGACUCUUUUAUCUGUGUGUCUUUUGCUAAAUAUGACCUUUCUAUAUUAAUAAAAGAUGAUUUGGAGUUGUGCUCUCA